AUGCCAUGUCCCCUCGUCCACGAAUCCCAAGAUGAAGCGAAACAAUCAGGACGUUUCGGACGAGAGGAGCAGUUCAAUGAGCUUUGUCCACUCUCUAACAAUGAUGAGAAGCUCCUGCACCAACUUCAAGACAAACCUAGCUCUCUUUGCAACCGAUGCGCCGACUACGACCCGCUUAAGGCCUUUGAGCUCGCUGAACCUCUUCCCUCAGGCCUACUUCCGGAGGACGACGAUGGAUUUAGAGUGUAUCUUGCGCGCCUCAAGAUCUACGAGCUGGAUCUAGGUGAACUCGGAUCCCUCCACCUAUCCGCCUCCUGUCCCUUCUGCCGGCUCAUCUACCGCAUCAUGCCCACCGAAGGAAUACGGCCCGACACUAAAGGCAUGAGGCUCAUCCCCUACCGCGCCUACGUUCGACAUACCGGUUGGGAGUACCUUCCUGAGAAGACAAGGGCUGAAAGUGCCAUGUUCCUGGGCUUGCGCCAUCUCAGUCACAUCGUCCAUGGCAUCCGAGCCCCUUUGCUCUUCUCUGAUGACGAACCCGGUGUCGGAAGCCCGGAAAUGACAGGUCCGGCUAUCUGUCUAGCUACCGAAGACACCUUUCCUGGCCGGCAAGAGUACAACGGGCGGUUGGUCGAGCCCUAUGUCGACUUUGGGUUCGCCAAGAAUGGCCUCGAUGUGUGCUGGAAGAACCACAAGGAGUAUUGCAUCUCCACAAGACCCAAGGAACUAUUCACGACCAAGAUGAUCGAUGUCCAUGAGCGCAAGGUGGUUCCUUACCCGGAAGGAUGCGAGUAUGUGGCCUUGAGCUACACCUGGGGCGGCGUCAUGGUGGAGGAAGAAGCUCUGGACAAGAAUACCCUGCCGCAGACUAUCAAGGAUUCCAUCACCGUUACCAAGAAGCUUGGGAAGCGGUAUCUCUGGGUCGACGCCCUCUGCGUCAACCAGAAACCCUGGAAAACACUGUCUGAUAAAGAAAAGGCCGAGAAGACCCAACAGCUCGCCAUGAUGGACCUCAUCUACCAAUGCGCCGCCGUAACCCUUAUCGCCCUCUCUGGCCAAAACUCCAACGCCGGUCUGUGCGGAGUUACCCGUCCCCGCGAGAUGCAGCUCCAAGAGACCAUCAACGGCCGGAAGCUGUUCACCAUCCCCGCUGUAGUCGAAGACGAAAUGGCCGCAUCGGCAUGGGAUACCCGCGCCUGGACUUUCCAAGAGGGUAUGCUGUCUAAACGAUCCCUCUUUUUCUCGGACAAACAACUCGGCAUCUCGUGUCAGCGAUUUGGAGCACCAGACGCCUAUGAUCCGAGCUGCUACGGACACUUGUCCAACAGGCCUAUGGAUUCUUUCAGGCAGUUGAUGAAUGGGUUUAACCUGACUGACACCAAGAUCUCUGUCACCAACCCCCAACGAACCCUCCUCUACACCGGCUUAAUAAUGGACUACACCCAUCGCCAAAUGUCCAGGUCCUCUGACUCCCUCAACGCCUGCCUCGGGCUACUCUCCGCACUCCAGCGCCGCCUCUUCCCCUCGGGGUUCGAAUGGGGUCUUCCCCUCCGGGAACUUCCUCUCACCAUAGGCUGGUCGCAUGACUGGCAAUUCCCCGAGCCCAAGCUGCUUCACAAAGACUCCCCGCCAUGGGACAUUGCCCGCCCCCAAAGACGCGAAGGGUUCCCAUCGUGGAGCUGGUGCGGCUGGGAAGGACACGUCACGUUCGGACAGACUUCUUUGCAAGAUGGCUCGCUCGUGAAUGCCAGAAAUAUAAGAGGAGGGAGGGAUGUGAAGAGUGACAUGGUUCCUGAGUUCAUCGGCUGCGAAGGGAAGAGACUUACCCUCAACGGUUAUGUCUGCAAGUUUUAUAUUCGCACUGAACCGUUUAGCGAAGCAUUCUUCAAGAAGCCGGAGAAGGAUGAGGAAGAACCGUUUGGGAUUGUGUCGGAGAGGAAUUUCCCGCAUCCGUAUACGUUGAAGACGGGAGAGUAUGAGUGCUUGGUUGUGGAGAGGUUGAGGCAUAUGCAGGGGCAGGAGGGGAGGUUCGUGAAGGAUACGGUGUAUCUGGUUGUGCUAGAUUGGGUUACAAGCCAAGAUGGAAGGGGAGAGGUGGCAGAGAGGCGAACGUUUGUUACGGUGCAGAGUGAUGUUGAGUUUAAAAAGGUUGAGAUGGUGAAGAGGGUGGUGCAUUUGGAGUAA